AUGGAAUCACCAGUUUUAUCAAAGCAAUUAGAAUUGUCAGAAUUGAGAUAGAUAAUCAAAAAUAGAUUCUCCUUUGAUAGAAGGAAAGUAAUAUUCUUUACUUUAAAUUCUUGUUUAUUGGGAUUGGCUGUUUUUAGUUUAUUUUCUGCCAUCACUCUUGAAAGCAAUUCAUAAAUCUUUAGAAUUAGAACUUAUCUGACAGAUCAAAAUUUAUCUAACAGAGAAUAGGCUAGAAAAUUGGAGACUAUAUUGAUUUCCAUAAAAUAUAGCUUAAUUAUGCACAAUUGUAGCUUCGAUUAUUGGUAAUUGCUAAGUGAAUAUAUUUAGAUCUUACAUCUAUUCCCCAUCAGCUUAGGAAUCAGUUUGGCCUUCAGAACAAUUGCUACUAUAGUCAUCAUCUCUUACUUUAAUACAAUUAAAUCAGUCUUUGAAGAAGAAGUAGGUACUUUUAUUACUUUACAAAUUUUAUUUUUGGCUUUCAAUUGGUUGUUUUGUGUUUUCGCUUAUCAGCAAUUCAAGAAGGCUUAAGUUGAAUAUCAUAUUGUCACUAAGGAUAGGGAGAGAUUAAUUAUGGAUAAUAAUAUGGCUUAUGAAUUAAUUAAGAAAAUCAUAAAAAAUUGA